AUGGCUUUUCGAUUUAAUUUUUCUAUUGAUGAAAAUGAGAGCAGUGAACCAGACACUCACGGUAAGAUGGACUUACAGCUCUGCUCUCCAAAACACAAGCGGGAAUCCACAGAAAAGAGCAAGCAGACUGCAGAUACUGUAGCAGACUCCAGCCCAGAGGUGGGUACCGAUAAGCAACAAGAUGAGACACCAUCAAAGAAAAAGUUCUGCUUGAAAGCUGCCAAGGAGCACAGUAUUCCUGAAAAUGUCAACAAAAUACUGGAAAAUAAAGUCAUGGAAACGGUAUCAGACCUGUAUUACAUAAAUAUAUCUGGAGCAGAAAUGACGUGUUUGGAUGGUGCCGACGAAGAAGGCAUCGUGUCUCAAAGUGUUUCUUCUCACUCCGAUCUUAUCCCAGGAAUCUAUGAGGGAGGACUGAAAAUCUGGGAAUGCACCUUUGAUCUCAUAGACUACUUUUCUGAGGCUGAAAUACAGUUUACCAACAAGACUGUAUUGGAUCUUGGCUGCGGGGCUGGUCUGCUGGGAAUAGUUGCUUUAAGGGGUAAAGCUGAAAAAGUCCAUUUUCAGGACUACAACAGCACAGUGAUUGAUAAAAUAACCUUGCCUAAUGCGGUGGCUAACUGUAUAAGUGAGGGCAGUGGGGACAACAGAAAAACUAGCAAGCCUCCUUUGAAGAGGCCCAAGAAAGCAGAGUACGUACCUGAUGUACUCACCAAAUGCAGGUUUUUUUCUGGAGAGUGGUCUGAAGUCAGCCAGCUCCUAUUAAGCAGCAACAAACCCUUUUCAAAGUACGAUAUAAUUCUCACAUCUGAGACCAUCUAUAACCCUGACUACUACAGUGCUUUGCAUGAUACACUGGCUCAGCUCUUGGAUAAAAAGGGCCGUGUGUAUUUGGCAAGCAAAGUACAUUAUUUUGGGGUUGGCGGUGGUAUCUACCUCUUUGAGAAAUUCACUGAAGAGAGAAACGUGUUUAGGACCAACAUAGUUAAAAUAAUUGAUAAAGGACUGCAGCGAUGUAUUAUGGAAAUGGCCUUUAAAGAUUCCAGUUAAAAUUCACCCACUGGUC